AUGGAAGAUUAGUAGCUAAUCAAAAUAACAGAUAGUUAACCUAACGAAUCAAUCCAAGACUAAGACUUUUUUAAUAGAAGAGAUACUUAAUUCCAGCCCGAUGAUAAAUUAACUCUUAAUGACUUGAAACUCAAUAAAUUUUCAAAAAGUAAUAAAAUCGAUCGAGGCAAAAGAGGAAAUAAAAAAUCUCUAAACACGGUAGACUAUAAAAAUUUGACUUUAAAAAUACACAAUGCCAGAGGAUUUAUGACUACUGGAAAUACAAGUGUCGACUACUCAAGUUUUCAGACAAUGGCUGAUUCUAAAGAUAAAUCAACCAGCAAUAUCUCAUAGCCUAUUUUGAUGAGGACCAGGACGAGAGAUAAUUACGAAUAAAACAGACCAAAUAAUUUGAGCUUCGACAAAAAAUCCAAUAUUUCGUUCUAUAAGAACUUCCCUAGCUAUAGCAUAAAGUCAAAUACCAUUUCCUACAAGCAAAUUAUAUCGAAGGAGCAUGUUUAGGACAUGAUAGGUAAGGAGACACCAGGUGUGGGACAGUAUGUAUCAGAUAAUGUCUAUUUGAGGAUGUCAGCCUAAAAAGCACCAACUUGGAAGAUACCAACUGCUGAGCGUUUCAGUGAGUAUACUAAGAUCAAUGAAUAUAGAGGCACAGCUCCAUUGAAUUAUAGAAGAAAUCUUAAUGAAUUGAUGGCUGAUAGAAUGGGAUCCUUCCCAAAAGCAAAUAGAUUUUUGAGAACAAGAAACGAAUAAGAAAGAGAAAAAUCACCUGGGCCAGGAGAGUACGAAACAUAGGUAUUUAAAUCAAUAGACUCUGUGACUAAAUAAGGUGGUGGGUAAGUUUAUGAGAGAGAUGCAGUUACCAAUUAGUUAAGCUUCAGGUAUUACAAGCCACAUGAGAGUAAGAUUUCAAGUAACUCUAUGAACAGAACAAUGUACAAGGCACCUAAAAGUAAACUCAAGAAAGUUUACUUCCCUGAAUACUCCAGAGAAUUCUUGAAUGUUGAGGGACCAGGCCCAUAAAUUUAUAAGUUUGAGACUUAUGAUGGAGGUUUUGACAUUACAAACAUGAAAAUGGGAAGAUUCUCUAAGAAUGAUAGAAACUUAUCGAUGCCUAAAAAUAAAGACUCUAGUCCUUUGCAUUAUGCAAAUAUGGAUGAGUAUAUUAAGUAAUUAUCCAAUAAGAGUUUUUCGAGAGGCAAUCAAACCUUCGGAAAGGCAGUCAGACCAUUAGACCCGACUAAGAUGAGUGGAUUACACCAGGCGAUAUGGAGAAAAGGAAUAAAGAUUUGA